GUUCUUUACGUCUGUUUGGUGCAAAACAUACCCAACACUCUAUUAUAUUCUUAAUCUCCCCAAACAACAAUUUUACCAAAGAAAUUUGUUCUUGUUUUUGAUUAUGUGCAGCCAGUUUAAGCUGCACGGCAUGGAGAAUUGCCAGGGAGAUUUAGCGGAUAUUGUCCGCGGCAGCGGAUUAGCCGGAAACGCCGCUCAGGAAGCCGAGCCACCGGCGCUUCCCGACACGUGGCAGUAUAGCAGCGGCGAUAACGAUAAUAUCGCGGCGGCGGUUAUGAACUGCUACUCCGAUCACCGAGAUUUCGGGGAUCCGUUUUCUCACAUGAGAGAUCCGAUGAUGUUCCAGGAGCUAGCCAUGCCGCCGCCGCCUCCCUCCGCCUCGUUCUUCGCCUGCUCCGAUAAUGAUCCGGCGGCGGCGGUGUCGGAAACCGCCACUAGCUCCGCUGUCUUCGCCCCGCCGAAGCUAAUUCUCGACGAGGAAAUGAAGAGACCGGCCUGCAACAUACUCUCCAGAUCUCCCCCGGCCCACUUCAAACCCUGUGGGGUUUGGGUUGGGUUAUUUUGCGUUUAG